UGCUGCAAGAUGGCAGCAAAGAAGCUGCGUGUGGCAGUGAUUGGGGCGGGAGCAGCGGGGCUCUGUGCUGCCCGCCACAUCCUCACCAACCCAGACGCUUUCCUUCCUCCAGUGGUGUUUGAGGCCUCUGACCAACUGGGAGGCACCUGGGUUUAUACGGAGCAGACUGGAGAAGACGCUGAGGGAUGGCCCAUCCAUUCCAGCAUGUACCACGAUCUCAGGACCAACCUUCCCAAAGAAGUCAUGGCCUUUCCGGAUUUCCCCUUCGACCCAUCUCUGCCAUCGUUCCUGCAUCACUCAGAUGUGCUGGCCUACCUGGAAAGCUACGCGGAACAAUCUGGCAUCCAGGACCAUGUCCGGUUUCGGUGGCAGGUGGAUGACGUUCGUCCUGUGCUGGGGGAGGAGGGCACCCCAGAUGGCUGGGAUGUCAGAGCAACUGUGCGGGGAUCAGGAUCCACACGGCACGUCUCGGAACAUUUUGAUGCCAUCAUGGUCUGUACUGGCCAUUACGCCAUCCCAUUCAUACCUCCCGUUCCUGGCCUGGACAGCUUCCAAGGCUGCCUUCUACACAGCCACUCGUACCGCCGCCCAGAGCCCUUUGCGGGCCUGACAGUAGUGCUGGUGGGCGCUGGAGCCUCAGGGGUUGACCUGGCCCUGCAGCUCUCUCCCGUGGCUGCUCGUGUGGUGCUGAGCCAUCAGGGGCCACCUGUGCGCGGGCUGCCUGAAAAUGUCCUGCAGGUGCCCCGGCUCUCGAGGGUGGCGAAGGAGACGGUGAAGUGUGACGACGGCUCAGAGCUGCAGCCUGAGGCCUUGAUUCUCUGCACUGGCUACCGGUACCGCUUUCCCUUCUUGGCCUUGGCCCAGCUGGGUUUACAGGAGACGGACUAUGGGGUAGGCCCCCUGUACCGCCACUUGGUAACCCCCCAACACCCUUCCCUGAUCUUUAUUGGCCUCUGCCAGCUCAUCUGCCCCUUCCCACACUUCCACUGCCAGGUGCUGUUUGCGCUGGCAGUGCUCCGGGGCCGCUGCCGCCUUCCUUCCGCAGCUGAGAUGGAGGCUGAGGCCCAGGGGCAGCUGGACCGAUACCUGAGGGAGGGGGGGUUGGCUCGGCACUUCCUGAGGCUCAAGGCUCAACAGUGGGGCUACGCGGAGGAGCUGGCCCGCCUGGCAGGCUUCCCCCCUUUACCGCCUGCGGUCCAAGCGAUCUAUGAAGCGACACGUGCCAGGCGAUUCCAGAACGUGGGCACCUAUCGUGACACGACAUACCGGCUGUUGGGUGCCGACGCUUGGGAAGAGGUGUGGGAUUCUGGCAGAGACCCAGAAGGCGAUGGAAAGGCAGAGUGA